GCGUUUUUGCAAAAUAUCUUUGGCGUUUUAGACGACAUUUUCAAAGAAAGUUAACAUUUUUUCGGCGAAUGUUGCUAAUGGGACCACUUGAGGAUUAAUAAAUUUAUCAUCUAAUGUCUCUAUUUUACUCUAAGAACUCAGAUAAAACAGCAAAAAAUCCAUCUGUUCAUAUUACAUUACCAAUAUGUUGUCAUAUAUGUCUUGGCAAGGUAAAAGAUCCUGUAUUAUGUUCUAACAACCAUGUUUUUUGCAAGUUUUGCUUAGAUGAAUGGCUAAAAAACAGCGAGAUUUGUCCAGCCUGCAGAACCUCUAUAAAUGAAGAAAAACCAUAUAAAAAAAUUUUAGGUAGUCUUGAAGACUCAUCUAACAUCAAUAUGAAUGACCCUUCUAUCAGAACUCAUAUGAGGCGGACAAGAAUGAAAAUGAUUUUUGAAGAGUUUCAGAGUGACAUGGAUUGCCUUGAAGAAAGAUUAGGAAUUAUGACAAAAGAAAAUGAGACAUUAAAAGAAAUUAAUGCAGAUUUAUGCAAAAGAAUAAAUGAAAAGGAAGAAAAAUCAAACAAUAUAUGCAAAGAAACUGAAGAAAUAUCCACUAUUUUGAAACUAUCCAGCAAACUUCAACAAAUGAUAAUUGCUAAUGAAGAGCUUUCAAGAUCAAAUGUUGAGCUUAAAAAGGAGUUACAAACUAUAAAUAGUGAAAGAGAAUCAAUGAUGAAAGAAAUAAAAAGGUUACAAGAAGACUCCAACUUCAAUUCAUCACCACACAAGUACAAUAAAUAUGCAAUGGUGGCACUACAGACCAAAAAUGAUAACUAUGAACGCGAAAUUCAACAGUGGAUGAAAGCACUCAAAAAUGCGGAUAAUAUUAUAGAGGAGCUUACAAUUGAUUUGGAAAAAUAUAAAAAUAUGAAACGUAUGAAUGCACCUAUAGGAACUGAUUUACUUGCAUCUCAAGAAGAUUUCGGAAACGGUUUAAGGAGUUAUCCCUCGUGUCUUGAACAUAGUAGAGUAACAAGUCCUCAGGAAAUAAUUGAUAAUCCUCAAGUACGAGAUGAAAUUGGUGGCGACAACAAUUCAUCUUCUUCAUACCUUUAUCCCGCGUGUUCGAAACUUGUUGAAUUAACAAAAGCACAUCGCUUACAAGAUAAUAAUUUUUCUUCUGUACGCAAUUUGUUUCCAGAAUCCACUCGCCGCGUAAGCCGUAUAGAUUUAGUUACUGAUCAAAAUUUUGUUACUGAUCGAUCGAAAUCAUGCAACUUAAGCAGUAUUAGAAUCGAUGACAAUCAGUCGAAUAUUGUUUCUGCUAGUCGUAACUCAGAAUUUAUUGACGCACAUAGUUUUUCUUCUAAAAAUUCUUUAAUUUCAGAUAACGAUAGCUCUCCGCUCAAAAAGGUCAAAGUUGAAGGCGAUACAUGAUUCUUAUUACUUAUUGUAAAUAUUUGAGACCACUUAAGAAAUUAUUUAAAAUAUUAUAUGAGAUAUAAA